AUGCCGGCGUCUACGGAUGAGUUGUCAGACCUGGAUACGGAUGGUUUGCUCCAGCAUGCCUUGGAUGUUGUCCGGGACACUUUCUCAUCCGAACAUCUUCCUCAAAGUAUCCACGACUUUCUCCUUCCCAUCAGUGUCGCGACUUGCCAAGGCUUGUUUGCAACCACAACGAUGUUGGCUGCCGCCAUGCCAGCCCUAACAAAUGGUGCUUCGGUAGAGCUGUGGUCUCAGAAACCAUCACCCUUGGCUCUGCUAGCUAUUCAUGUGGCCAAGCCCCAGAAAGGCAAGAGCAGGCUGCACAACGCUCUCGAAAUGCUGUUCGCAUCUUGGUGUCCGCAUGAGUCGAGCAAGCCGAUGUAUGUGUCCAGCAGUUGGCCACAGAGCAUGGCAAAACCUUGCGGGGGGACACAGAAGGCGAUGCCGCAGUACCAUUCGUGGCAAAAUCCGUCAGUGUCCAGAGUCACUAUGUCUGAGUUUUUCUAUCGGUGCAGCACUGAUUUUCCUCAAAUUGAGUAUGGCACCAAGAAAGACAAAGACACUGCCCGCUUGUGGUAUGGACAGGCAUGGAAUUUGGACGAGGCCUACGAAAUGCUGGAGAGCUUGAGCCUUUUGGAUUGCCCUGGCGACAAGGCCCGCUCCGGAGCAGUCAACCCGCAUGCUUCCACCUUGAAUACUCUGAUCCAACGCGGAAAGACCAAGAGGGCAACGAGAACAUCCACCACGUAUGAAGGGAACAGUUCUCAACACAUCAGCCUCAGCAUCUGGGGCAACGCCCACCCUUCGAAAAUCAUUGCGAUGGAGCGGGGCCUACAAGGACAGCACACUGCCGCAACAAAGGAGAGAUUCCUGCUGUGUGUUGACCACAGCGUGGCUCGCCAUGAUGCUCUCCCUCAGAGCAUGUUGGAUGCUGAUCCUGACUUACCGCAGUGGACCUGGCUUCCACUCACUCCUUUGCAGGCCACUAUUUUUGGGUGGACUGAUGUUGUGGGGAAUCCAAGCUACUUCAGCGACAAGGCGGACGUGGCUGAUGAGGAGCAUGGGGAGGAAGGCUUUCCCAUGACUUUGCCAGAUGGGGUUCCUUCGCGUGCUCGCUUCGUGGCCAUUGCUGGAGGGGGCUUGCAGACAGAAUUUCGCAUUUCUGGGCGCUGGCACAUGCAAGACCCUACCAAGCAUUUGCAAUCUGGCGCUAAGCGUGUGGCGGACUUCUUUCGUGGCCGCCCACAUUCCGUGCUGGCCAUGGAAGAAACUGCUCGCAAGAUGCUUCUGGGCAACCAAGUUGCUCAAAGCGUUCGGGCAGAGACUUCGGAUUCUUCAAUGCAAGCACUUCACGCCGCAGCAGCAGCUCACCAUGGCCAAGUUUCUGCUGCAAUAGCUGUCUUGGCUUUGGCUAGUGGCGACAGCACUGUUGAUGAGGCUGGCAAUUUGCUCGUGACUGCGAAGCACGUUGAGGUGGCAAGUCGGCUCGUUGAAUUGAAUUUGCAGAUCCGCUCCGUGUUCUGUGGGCCUCUACCUUCCUCUGGUGAGCAACCGGAAAAUUCAGACAGUGAAGCCAACAUCUCCAAGCCUGUGAGGAAUUCCGGUGUGUUUGCAGAGCCAGCCGCACCACAACCCAGGCCACGCGUUGCAGUUGAGCCUGCAAAAGAACCUGUCUCACCGCCUGCUCCACCUAUUGAGAUUGCGCACCAGCCGGUGGAGCUUCAGGAUUUGGAGGAAGGGGUUCCAGAUGAGGAGAUGGAGCCGGAUGAAACACCUUUGGGUUUUUCUCACAUGCCGUCUGAACUGUUCAAGCAAGGAUUGGGCACAGACAACGCCAUGAUCUUCCAGGACAAGUUGUUUCAGGACCGCAUGCUAGUUCAAAAAGUUCUACUCAGUGGCCAAAGCAGGUUUAAAUUGGGUCGUAUUGUGGACCUCUACCACCACAUUGACACCAAGGUUGAGAACAAACGUCGCAAAAUCCGUCCAGCGCAGGGGCAGGUGAAGGACGUUUUGGUUGCAGCGUUUCAGCGCUUUCCUCGCCUGGGCUACGUGGACGAAAAGGUGGUGCCAAAUUCAAACGGCAGGAAAGAUGUCACAGUGGUUUUGCGAGGCUGGUCCACAAAUCCCUCUAACCAGAUCCGUUUCCACAACCAGGCCAUGCAGUGCUGCAAGGUGUCCAUUCGGGACAUCUCAAAGAGGAGAGCCCUGUGGCAUGAUCGCCAGGCAGGGGCGCAACCAGCCCAAGAAAGCGCAGUGGAUGAGGCCCCAGCUCGUGAUCCACCGCAAGAUCGGAGAUCUUCAACGGAUUCUCGCACCUCGGCCCCUGCCACGCCGCCAGCGUGCGCGUCAAAGUCCGGACAGGAGACAGGAAGACGUUUGUGCUUUUGGACAGAAAAAUGGCUGGUGUGCGUUACUGUGGAUGCUUUGUCCAUGCCGCAGGUGCUGUUUCUUUCUGCUUUAGGAUACGGUGUGGCGCUGUCUGAGCUGCAGGAGCCGAUCUACAAGGAAGGCAAGAGGCAGAGGGGCGUUGUGAUGUGUCAAAUCGUUGCCGAGCCCAAGACUUUGCAAGCCCUUCAUGUUGUCCGGUGGUGUGGGCGUGGUUGCGAAGGCAAAGGUGUCAAAUAUUGGUGUGGCUUUCUGGAGAGGAGAGCUAGCGAAAUUGGUGGAGAAGUGCAGGAGGGUUUGGCGAACAAACUUUUGUCUUUGCCACUUGAGCGUCUGCAGCAGUUCCAUGCUUCCGGGGACAGACAAGACAUUUUGGCCAUGGAUGGAAAUUGCAAGCUUCACCGAAGAACCUGUGGGGUCCCCUGUGCAGAAAUUCUCGAGACACUCUUUGCCACAGACACAUGGAAGACCGCGACCGGCCAGUGCCUCCUAUGUAUGCCGAGAUUGGGCACCACCGGCUCAAGAAGGCUUUGCAUAGCCCUGGGGAUGUCUGCUUUUUGGAAAUCGAAAUGUCGGGCUACCGCGGUUGGAUUCCGGCCAACACAGUCCCAGAGGAAGCUUUGGCGAAGUAUUUUGCUGAGGGCGCGAGCCGAAACAUUGAGAUGA